AGUCAAUAAUUUUCACAUAAAAUAUGGAUCUUAAUGAAACUUUUAUUUGAACCAAAUGGAAGUCAGGAGAAUAGAGAAAGAUCAGACAGUAGGUAAAUAAAAAAUUUAUGCCAUAGAUAGAGAGGAUAGGUAAGAUAACUGUUAAUGAUGGAUGAACAAAAUUUAUAUUGGCAAGAAGGUAUAAUGUGGUCUAAGAGGAUAAGCUGGAUGAUAUGAUGACUGUAGGUGUGGAUUAAGUGUAAAAGAUGGGACAGAGAUCUGUACUUUCAAAACUUAAAGUU